CCGCGGCCUCGCGCACAAUUCAGGGCACGCGCGUGUGCGACGCGUCAGGGAGCGACGAUGUUUCGCGAAGGGUGGCACGUCGCCCUUUUCAUCCUCGUCGCGGUUCUCCGCUGCGCGCACGGUGACACCGUGAUCACGACGAACGAGAAGAGGCACGGCAGUGCGGCGAGCAACUAUCAGAUGUGCCUCGACAGCUUCGCGGUUCACCGGGACAAGAUCAUCAAGACGCAGGACUCGCGCGAGAUGGGCGCCAAGUACCUGAGCGUGCUGGACGUGGACUCCAGGCUGGACUGCCUCAAGUACUGCUGCGAGACCGAGCGGUGCGACGUCUUCAUCUUCGAGGAGAAGAAACCAGGAAGCUGCUACCUCUUCCAGUGCGGGCCGCUGCAUGACUUCAAGUGCAAGUUUACGAGGCACAGCAACUACACCAGCGCUGUGCGCACUAGUUAUCCCGUGCCGAACGAGGAGCUGAGGAUAUCCCAACAGGAGCACGAGCUGAAGUCGCUUAGGAAAAACAGCGAGAUUACGGCGGAUUACGGAUAUACGGAGCCUCUUGUGAAGCCUGUGCAAGUUACGCAAAUACCGAAAGUUGUGUCGACUACGCCUCCACCAGCUAGACCAGCUUGUAGCAGGAAUCAGUACGAGUGCCGUUCAUCCGGCGAUUGCAUAGCCAUAUACAACGUUUGCGACGGUAUCCCGCAGUGCGCGGACGGCUCCGACGAGGCGGCCGAUCUCGUGUGUCCCACGGAGAAACCGACCGUCCCGCCGCCGCCGCCGCCGAUGAUGAUACCGGCGACGCCGCGUCCACCCACCGACGUUCUCAGGUAUCAGCAAAUGAUGGAGCAACGCAAGCAACUGCCGCCGUUCUAUCCCGCCGCGCCGGAGAUCAAUCCGAAGGCUUGGGAGAUGCCGAAUCUGGCGCGGCAGCCGCAGAACAUCCUGUACCCUGGCCAGCCGGUGGAGCUGCAGGCGCAAGCGCGCAAGAGUUACGGCUCGCCGGGAUACCAGUGGGACUACCAGCAACUGUACGAACAGAAUAAGGAUCCGUACGUCCCCGUGAACGCCUUCCACGAGCAAAACGUAAAUCCUUAUGAACAACCGCGCAUAUUUAAUCACAAAGGCUCGAGCGUCAUAGGGAACAACGAAGCGGACAGAGCGCUGUAUGUGGAUUCUAAGCGCCCGUACACUUCGCACUUCCCGUCACCAAACAAGGCAGCUUGGCAGCAGGAGAAUCCCAUGCAACCGCCACCGUCAGUCGAACCGAAUUCCCAACAGAAGGACAUCGGUAACGUGGAAAAUCCUGAAAAGAUUACGACAACACCCGCCUGCGACACUUCUGAGGAACAUAAGAAUGAGCUGACGCACGACAUGGAACCCGCAAAGAAGGAUGACAAAAGCGACGCGUAUCCGGCACAUGCGAAAACGAGCAAACAGGUCACCGAGAAGCCAGUUUCAUCGGCGAACGACGUUACCAAGCACAAUCACGUGGAAGACUUGAAAGCUCACAAGAGCGUGAUUGUGAUCGAGGAGCACGGCCGGGCACAUGAAGGGACCGACAUUGUCGCGGAGCGCCUUCAGAUAAUCGAGAACGACGUUCUGAGGCCGAGAGGGGCCGUGGUGUCACUGUCGUUGGGACUUAUAGCAACCGCGAUCAUGGCCGCUCUGAUCGUCUGCCGGUUGCGAGUGGUGAAACGGCGCGGCAGAUGCGGGCACGGGCCGUACGCGCACGAUGCCGAUUACCUAGUCAACGGAAUGUACUUGUGAGCGAAGCAGUCGGUUAAAUGUAAUAUAAUCGUCUGAGUACAUUAUCGUAUUUUCAUACGUAGCGAGUAUCUUGGCGAUUGUGCUAGAUAAAUAGAAAGUCUUUUCUAUUUGCGAGAUUCCUCGGGAACGUAACACGAAACUUUGAUAUUCAUUUGCGUAGCGUGAAAAAUCGCAAGAGUUUUUGUGCCUACAAUUACUGAUAAUACGGUGAAUUUGAAUACAUAAAAGAUGCGAUGAUGAAGAAACGUAAGCGCUAGUCAUUGAUUUACCUAUACAUAUGUUCAUAUCAAACACACCGUUAUUAAUUUAAGCAACACUUGUGAUAAAAGCUAGACAUCUCGUAGGAAUGUUCUCGUGAUGCAAUUCCAAGGAUUGUGGAAGCCAGUCUAAUUGUUGCAUACUGUUAGAUAAAGAUAUAAAUAUGUACAUUAUUGUAUAUAAACAGUUUUACGCCUUGUGCAGGCAUUGUGGAGAAAUAAUCGAGAAAUCGUCACACCUUUCUCGACUUGAUGUAAAUGUCAUUACACAUGACGUAUGCUCUAUUACUUAACAUGUAUUUUGAAUUAAGCAAACAAUGGGAACUAAUAAAUGACCAUUUUAUUUAUUAACA